CUAAACCUUUACACCACUGAAUUGCAUAAAAGCUCAGUCAGACCGAGUCGAGCUCAGUCUGCUUCAGUGUUGCUGGGAGGCCCAUCACUGCCACACUGUAGUGCUUUCAGAAGAGGUUUUGAGAGGCUUGGUAGGAAUGCAGAGCGUUGUGGUUCUGGGGCUGCUGGCUUUGCUCUGCUGCUCAUCUAUAGGGACAGUACGAGGGGGGAAGAUAGUGGUCAUGCCUAUGGAUGGCAGCCACUGGCUCAGUAUGAAGAUUCUGGUGGAGGAGUUAUCUCGGAAAGGCCACGAGAUGGUGGUUUUGGUUCCUGAGGCUAACUAUCAUAUCCGGAAUGGCAGCUACACCACUAGGACCUUCAAGGUACCCUACACCGAGGCUGAUCUGGAUGCUUCAUUGGAUAUAAUUAAGAAAGGGAUGUUGGAGGCUCCAGGACUUUUUGAUGUUCCAAAAGCUUUUGAAAUGAUUAUCAAAUUCACAGAGAUGCCUGUGAAAGGCUGUGAAGGCCUGCUGUUCGACGAGCCUCUGAUGAGGAGCCUGCGGGAGCAAGACUUCGAUCUCAUGCUGACUGACCCUUUCCUGCCCUGUGGCACGAUCAUCGCUGAUGCUUUCUCGAUUCCUGCCGUUUAUUUCUUGCGUGGGUUGCCCUGCGGACUGGACCUGGAAGCAGCCCAGUGCCCCUCACCCCCUUCUUAUGUCCCAAGGUUCUUCACAGGAAACACAGAUGCCAUGACGUUCCGUCAGAGGGUCAAGAACUUGCUCAUGGUGGGAGUCGAGUCGAUCCUCUGUAAGAAUGUUUAUCGCAGCUUUGAUGAACUGGCCAGCCGAUAUCUCAAGAAGGACACUACCUAUAAACAGCUUCUUAGUCAUGGUGCAAUUUGGUUUAUGAGGUACGACUACAUGUUUGAGUACCCUAGACCCCUAAUGCCCAACAUGGUGAUGGUUGGAGGCCUGAAUUGUGCCAAGAAGAAGCCCCUGCCAGCGGAUCUGGAGGAGUUUGUGAACGGCUCUGGAGAGCAUGGCUUCAUCGUGUUCACUUUGGGCUCCAUGGUGUCUGAGCUGCCAGAGGUGAAAGCCAAGGAGUUCUUUGAUGCCUUCAGACAGAUUCCUCAGAGGGUCCUGUGGAGAUACACUGGCGUGGUUCCCAAAGAUGCACCAAAGAAUGUCAAGCUGAUGAAGUGGCUUCCACAGAACGAUCUCUUAGCUCACCCUAAGGCCAAGGCUUUCAUCACACACGGAGGAACCCAUGGGCUGUAUGAAGGGAUCUGUAACGGAGUUCCCAUGGUGAUGAUUCCACUGUUCGGGGAUCAGGGGGAUAACGUCCAGCGCAUGGUGGCGCGAGGUGUCGCAGAAACCCUAAACAUCUAUGACAUAACUUCGGAGAAGCUGCUGGUGGCCCUGAGAAAAGUCAUCCAUGACAAAAGCUACAAAGAGAAGAUGAUGAAGCUGUCUGCCAUCCACAGGGACCGACCCAUCGAGCCGCUGGACCUGGCCGUGUUCUGGACCGAGUUUGUGAUGAGGCAUAAAGGAGCGGAUCACCUGCGGCCGGCCGCUCACGACCUGAACUGGGUUCAGUACCACAGCCUGGACGUCAUCGGGUUCCUCCUGCUCAUUCUCGUGACUGUCAUGUUCGUGACCUUCAAGAGUUGCAUGUUCUGUUUCAGGAGGUGUUUGAGGAAGAGUCAGAAGAAGAAGAAUGAGUGAAAGGAGAUCAGUGAGUGAAUCAGGUUACCAGGGCUUUUUUCAGUGUUUCUGUAGGAAUUCUCGGUUAGUAGUGCUGUAUAAGGUGGACUGCAGUAUCUCUUAGACACUUGAACAUGUUCCACUACCUCCUUCAGGCACUGCUGGCUGUAGACGCGUCACAGCGUCGUAGGUCGUUUUAGUUUUUUGUUUGUUUUUGAAUUUUUAGAUCUUGACCAAUCGGUAAUGGUCUUAUCAUAAGGUUUUAUUUGAUGACUGCAUGAUUUGAUGUGCUAUGAUCUGUACUAUGAUCCUGAAGAUGCUCAUUUAGUAUGAUUUUAGUAUAAAAUAGAUUGUAUCAGAUUUGAACUUGGGGAAAAUGGAAGGGCAAGCAUUCCUAUUUUAUUUAAUUUUUUUCUGGUUUUACUGUUUCAAAGAUCAGGAUAUCUUCUAAAUGUAGUUUUUAGGGUUUAGGGUUUUAUUUUGGGCUGGGCGAAUUCGUAGAAUCUAGGUUUGUAUCAAGUUUGUACAUUUCAAUGUUUAUAGAAAUAACAGAAAAUAAAAGACAAUAAUUUUUCUACAUUUUUGUUUCACGACCACGUGUGAAUUAGAGCAUUUUCAGAGUAUAUAUAUGCUUCAGAAAUGGUUCACCUAGAUAGCUGGCUCUGUUCUGACUGUUCUCUGUUCAUGUGCAAAAAUAAAAUGCUUAUUUUUCA